UUCCUCCUUUGUGCGGGACGACACAAAGCUCUUCAUAAAAACAGAGCUGGUCCCCGAGGAGGCGUCUUUUCUUUUUCCUCUACUUCUUCCUGUUGAACCCCCCCCUCGUCGAACGUCCCAGCCUCUGCUGUAUAUAUCACAUCCCCUUCUCCCCUCUACGGUGUACUGGCCGUAUACCCUUUUUACUGUCUCCGACACUGGGUACCUCGUGCGUUGUACCUACAGGCGUAUUAUACCCUGGCAGAAACCAGAUAGCCACUCUGGGUGAGACGAGAACUUGCCGAAUAUGCACAUCCGCAGCCGAUCCAGAAGCAGUUGAGUUCCAAGCCCCCUCCCUUCCCCUCUCUAGGAAAAAUAAUUCCCGCCGUCAUAGCGUCCUCUAGGCUACGGCCAAACGUCAUCCUGCCCACCCUCUCCUCGUCCUUCUCAGAAGCUCUUGCAUGCAGCUUGUCAUUUAGCAAUUUACAAUUCGUAUCAUGUCUGCUGACUGGUCUUCGUUUUUCUUCACCUCCACAGCUAGUCGGCAGUCCGGCGAAGAACCGAGGAAUGACACCGAAGACGAGGUCGUGGAGCCCGAUCAAGGCAAUGUGCUGUCGCACAUCAUAUCUCAGUUGCGACCGGGGGCGGAUUUGAGUCGAGUAGUGCUGCCGACCUUCAUUUUGGAGCCAAGAUCCAUGUUGGAACGGAUUACCAACUUCAUGGCACACCCAGAGACUCUUCUGCCGAUGCCCACGAUCGAUGAUCCUCUCGAACGCUUCGUCUCGGUAAUCAGGUUCUACCUCAGUGGCUGGCAUAUAAAACCUCCUGGUGUAAAAAAGCCGUUGAAUCCGAUCCUCGGAGAGACGUUCACCUGUUACUGGGACUACGAAGAUGGCACCCGUGGUUAUUACAUCUCCGAACAGACCUCCCAUCACCCGCCCAAGUCGAGCUAUUUCUUCAUGGCUCCCGAGCAUAACAUCCGGAUAGAUGGCACGUUGAAACCGCGCAGUCGAUUCCUCGGAAACUCGGCAGCAAGUAUCAUGGAGGGAAUCGCCAUUUUACGAUUGUUGAAUCAUGGUAAAAAUAAGGAAAAGGGCGAGAGAUACAUUUUAACCCAACCCAAUAUGUACGCCCGUGGCAUUCUCUUUGGGAAAAUGAAGUACGAGCUCGGAGAUCAUAGCUACGUGAAAUGCCCCGAGAAUGAUUUAGUGGCGGAUAUAGAAUUCAAGACGAAGGGAUAUUUCUCUGGUACUUACAAUGCCAUCGGUGGGACAAUCAAGAACGAGAAGACCGGAGAAGUAUAUUACGAGCUUUCUGGUUUGUGGAAUGGGGAGAUGUACAUCAAGAGUCCUCACAGCAAUCACAAAGAUCUAUUAUUCAAGGCGACGAACGCGAAGCAAACCCCUCCUAAAGCUCGACCCAUCGAAGAACAGUCCGAGCGUGAGUCGCAGAGACUAUGGCAGUCGACGGUCCGAGCAAUCAUCGCCAGGAACCACGAAGUGGCAACAGAAGAAAAGAGCAAGAUUGAAGAUCGCCAACGAGAGGAAGCCGCGAAACGGGCCGAUGAGGGGGUGGAGUGGCAUCCCAGAUUAUUCCGUCGUGUCCAAGGGGGCCCGAAGGGUCCCGAUGAAGGGGAAGAGGAUCUCGAUUGGAUUAUAAACGCACAGAUCGACAUGCACAACCCCGAACUUGCCGCAAAGCAGAUCUUGGCCAUUACGCCAAUCGUGAAAGAACAGAAAGAAAACCAAAAAACCCCUGCUGAGGGCAACCUUAUCGAUCUGUGAUAUAUAUAAAACAAAAAAUAUGGGGUGUGAAAUUUCCCAUUUCUCAUACCACGCAGGGCAAUCAGCAAGACAUGCGCUUUGGAACCUUCCAUUAUGUUCCAGCUGUUAAUCCCCUCCCCAGCCAACAGUGUAGGGAAGCAACCAGUCACGACCCAGUCAAUAUUAUGAUGUGUUGUUACAUCUCGACGGCAGCUCGUAGAUUGGCCUGCGCGGUUCCAAUGAGAGAACGAUUUGCCAAAACGAAAUAAGCGUGUUCAACACAGCUUUCUAACAAUCCUUUUCCUUCAUAUCUUGUUUAACACGGACUUUUCUACCUUGGUGCUAAAUACCCGAUUCGAAGAGGCGGCGUGAAUGGAGCUGGUAAACAGAGGUGGUGAGAAAUGUUGUAAGCAUUUUAAUUUAUUUAUAUUGUGAAUUGAAUUGAAUAGAGAAUUCGAAUUAAAGGGGGGUUUCCUUUUCUUUCUCCUUUCUUUUAGUUUAUUUAUUUAUUUGGGUGAUGCUAUCUUUAUAUGUACUAAGAAUGACUAGGUAUGCUAUCCAUAUAUCCAGCUUCUGUCUUUGUCUUUACUUUGCCAAUUUUCCCAACCAGCCCUGCACUGCACCAGAAUAAGCCACCAUAAGACCAGACAGGGAUAUCCAGCUAGCUACUCGGCCUAUGUAUAUCCCGAGACGAGACGAAGUUUUUUCAUCCCCGUACUUGGUGAUCUUAACUUUUCUAUCUGCGACUGGGGUUGUCGAAGACCCUAUGAAUGGAAUACAGGCCAUGCAUAAUCCAUGAUCCAUCAUUACGAUGAGAUGCUUAUCCCAUCUCAUCUUACAAAGGGCUUUCAUUUCCUCUACAUUUCUCCUGGCGAGUCAAAGUCGUCCUGACGCAAGUCAGGAUACUACUUCCUCAUGCUCGUAGGGGUUGGUAUAUAGAUUAUAUAUAUAUAUAUAUAUCCCGAUGCAUGGAUGGGAAAUUGAACCAAUCUACUGACACUGUAGUAAUGGUGGUUAAUAGGAGUCCUAUCUUAUAUGUCCUGUCCUUACGGAUUUGCCUGAAGAAUUCAAUUGAUCAUUCUUUCAAAACCUGUUCGUUACG